AUGGCUUCCCACAGACGACAACGAUCUCAUCUUCCCUUUCCAUCAGUCUCCCCCUCCCAACAAACACCACGUCCACUUCCUCUUCCUCUCCCAACAGAGAUGAAAAAAUACCAAACUUGGCAAACAGCUCGGUCGAUUUCCAUGGAUAUCAAGAAUGUGCCAGUCCCACCUCUAGCACGUCGAUCAGCGACAGCUCCUGUGAUCGGUACCACCUCCGAUCAAUUCAUAGAUUAUGACCGGAGCUCAUCACCCGAACCCGGAUUCUACCCAAAGUCCGUAGCGAAACCCGAGGCGCCAACUCGGUACACUACGUCGUACUACCAUAUCCUUGGACUGCCGGAAAGUCCUGAUGUUACCACAGAGGAAAUUGAAGAGGCGUUUCAGAAGCUCAUACAAAAUCCAUCUUCACACCCAUCACAUCACUAUGAUAACCUGGAGCGGAUUCGUAAAACGCUCACUGGCUCAACCAGACGACGCGCCUACGAUCAUGGCCGUCGUGCUCACUUACUUCACCAAUCUCAACUGAAAGAUCGGGAGCGUUUUGAGGAAAUGCACAAAGACUCUGACAAGCUUUCAAGAGAUCGGGAGCGAUUUGAGAAAAUGCGCAACGACUGUGACAAACUUUCAAAAGCUCACAGUACUACUGCUCAGGAGAUCCAAGCCUUGAGCGAUGAUAUGAGAAUGAAAAGUCUGGAGAGCGAAUUGAAGAUGGUCAAAAAAGAGGUGGCAGCAACCAUUAAGAGAAAAGUCAAAAACAUGGGGCUGAGUAUGAGUUUGGAUGGAUUGGACGAGGAAGAGGGAGUACCUUGGGAGGAAAUAGAUUUCGGUACCAGAAGUUCCCAAAUUGUGGGGGAAAGGUUGGGUCUUGAAUUUGAAUUCAAUGGGUCUGGUAGUGAGGAGGAUUCCGGGGAUGAAAAUGGAUCCGAAGGCGUAUUUUCAGACAGAGAGGAAGAGAGAAGAAAGCCUAGAAGAUCGGAAGAGUCCGAACAAAUCAAAAGGCUUGAGGAAUUUGAAGAAUUGUCUGCAUCUGCGAUGACAGGAAUAUUGUCAAGUAUGUCUUCUUCUGGACUUGAAAAGGCUCCGAUCGCUCCAGAGACGAUUGCCAAAAAAAAUCAAGAGAUAUGGGAUGUCAAGGAUGAAAAUCUGUCUGCGCCCGAAGAGGCAGUAUCAUUUCCACAGGCAGAUUCCACUGAUAUCAAAAAUAUAUCGCCCCCUGCAGAGAUAAUUCUGAAAAGCGACAGAGAGGACUCGGAUACGAAGGACGCGGAUGAGAAGAUUCCAGAUAUUCGAGAAACGACCCCAAAAGAAACGACCCCAAAGGAAAUGCCCAAGUCCAAACCCGGCAAAGAACCUGCAGAUCCCAAAAACAAAACGCAGGAAACUCCAGACACUCCCAAGCCCACCACACAUACCGCCCCAACAACCCCGCCACCGCCCACCGAAACCGAUCUCCCUGACCUCCUCAGCAUCGUCGAAUUUCUCUACCCCACACCUCCUCCGACCCCAGAAGCAAAAACGAAGAAGAAAAGGGAAAAGGUUUCUUACAAAGAGAUCUGGGAAUUCGAUUACAACUCCGAAUCAGAAUGCGAAUCAGAUCCCGAUUGCGAAUCCAAUGCUGAGUCUUCACCAGAGGGACCAGAAAUCCUCCCCUCGUUCUCCUCCCCAUCUCCAUCUCCACGUUUCACCCAGUCCCUCAGUCCCGACCUCACCCCAAACCUCCACGAACUUCCCGGUUCCGAAAUCUGGGAACUCGGUUACCCGAAUCACAACCUCAACCCCACCAAAGAACAAGAAAGGGAGGAAGAACACGAAACCAUAAUUCUCUUCCUCCAGUUUAUCAUAGUUUUCUCGUUAGCGACUGCUGCAUGGGGUUGGUUUGGCGGGGGGUGGGUGUUGAAUUUGGUUUUGGUUUGA